ACUGAAAGGGCUAGAACACUCUGAACCCGGAACCCUGGGACAAGCACCCUGAAACCCCGUGGCCGACAUCGUGCCCCUGGAUCGUCUCCGUGGUGCCCUGACUCCGCGUCUCCUCCGUCGUCAUCCCGUCUCCCGCAUCACAGAAGCGGAAAGGUGAUCAGUAACCGUUUCAUAGAAAGAAAGCAUGGCUUCCAGGAUACGGUACAACCCUCAGCAGCAGCGCCGGGUUUUGGCCGUGACACUGGCGCAAGCCUCAACAGCCACUCCCCGCGCUUCUCUGAUCGGUUCCAGGGCCCUGGUUUCACAAAUAUCAUCAUGCAAGACUCUUCCAACAACUUGCUCACCAGUAACACGCCAACUCCGGCUCCUUUCGACUUCGCAAUCAUGGCGCCAAAUCGAGCCGCCUCAGCCACAACCCCUUUAUCCACAGGCUCCCAAUCCACCACAGGCUGAGCCCGCCCCUCAGCCCAAGAAGCGUAGUCGCGUAUGGAAGAUUGUCGGCUAUGGGUCUCUCCUCCUCUUCGGUGCCGUCUUCGGCCUCGGCUUCAGAGCGCUCGUCUCUCCCCCGCCACCUCUGGAGCCGGGCUCCGAGUUGGACCUCAUGGAGACCAAGCUCAUCCACCGGCAAGCGGGAACUCUGAAGAUUGUCCAGGAGCUCAGCGCCGACCCGGCCUGGGAGUCCUGGGACGCGUACGAGACGCUCAGCCCGGAGCACCGGGCGCAGCACAUCUCGGCCGGCGCCAUGGGCGGCUCCAAGGGCAUCGGCGGCUACCACCGCGUCUUCUACAACAAGGACACGGGCGAGUGCGUUAGCGUCAUCUUCUUUGGCCCCGCCACUACGGGCUGGCCCGGUGUCGUGCACGGCGGCUGUCUGGCCACCCUCCUGGACGAGAGCUGCGGUCGCGCCGCGUUCAAGAAGUGGGGAGGCCGGUCCGGACUGACGGCCAACUUGAAGCUGAAUUACGUGUCGACUACGAAUGCUACCAAGUUCUACGUCAUUCGUGUCAAGCCAAGGAGCGAUGAGGAGCUGCCGGAGGAGGAGCGCGGCAAGAGUCACUACAAGAUCUUCCUGGAUGCGUCGGUACAUGAUGCGAAGACGGGCAAGGCGACCGUUGUUGCGGAGGCUUUGUUUGUGGGUGGAAAGGGGAAGAGUGGAAAGGGAGGGUUGACGGUUAGCGGGUUGGCUGAUCAGGGUGAGAAUGCUCGCUUUUAAGUGCUCCGGAGGCUGGAGAUGUUGAACAUAUUGCAUAGAUAGUCAUUUGUCUGCAAGCGUGCUCUUGCCUUGGUUGCGUUUGUACUUCAUUAGACAUCAUUGUAGCGGGCAUAUAGACUGCUAGACUUUACAGAGAGAGGUGUUGUAUACAAAUGCCUGA